ACCAUGCACUUCUUCUCUCGAGUCCUCAUCUUAGCUUCCCUGAGCUUGAUGUUCUUGCUAUGGUGGAGCUAUCUUCUCCUGAGACCCACACCCCAGGGCCAAGGUGAUCUGAUCAUUGAAGACAGGCAAGUAGAUUCAUCACUAACGUUUGACACUCUCCUGCACAUUCAACAGGUCAGGAAAAAAAAGUUGAGGUCCUUCUGCCACAAAAAUCGUAAAAUCGUCAUGCUUCCUCCGACCCAGCAGGAAGCUUCUCAGGUGUUGUCUUCCAUUGCAGUGAAUCACAAACUGCAUUUCCUGUAUUGCAAACUUCCAGCCACAGGGGUGGAAGACUGGGAAGAGCUCUUGGAGAUGCUGGGGGAGGAAGAAGGUGGUACGCUGCUGAUGCCAAUCCCCUAUCACCAGCAGUUUGGUAACCAAAAGGCACUGAGUGAGUAUAACUUGACAUCUAUGGAGGCCAUGCUAAAGUCCUACACCAAAGUGAUUUUCAUCAGGGAGCCUUUCCAAAGACUUCUCUCUGCUUUCAUGCAUGACCUGACCAGCAGACUAACCUUCCAUGAGUUCAUUCAGUACAUCUUGUACAGUGGAUCCAGGAAUGACAGCAUUGAAUGGGCACCUUUAGUCAACUUGUGCCAUCCAUGCCUUGUCCAAUAUGAUUAUAUAAUGAUGUUUGGGUUCCUUGGGAACGAAGUGCACCACUUAAUGCUCCGGACUGGGCUUCCUGAGCACUUCCAGAUUCCUGAAUUCAUAGACUCCAAAGUCCAGUGGACCUAUAGCUGGUUAGAAGAGAAGAUGCUCAGCAAACUCACCCUCAUGGAGAAGAAAGAGCUCUGUCAUUUCUUUCGGUCUGACUUUGCUGCAUUUCACUUUCCCAGCAGCUUUCUCUGGGACCACACAUGCAUUCCUGGAAGCAGUUAAGGUUUACCUUGGGUGGGAGAAUGGAGCUUUAGGGGAAUGCAGCCAAACUGAUCUGGUCUGCUGAAAAUCACUAUUUUAUACACAGUGACGAGCUAUGUUGCUUAUAGAUUCCUGAUCAAUAUUGAUUCAUUGUUCCUGGAGAGCCACUUGCUCAGAAAAAAUGAGCAAGAGAGUAUGGUUCAAGUUCCUCAGCCUCAACCCACUAAAGUGAACUGCCAGCAAG